GGCGUCGGUCUUGUAAUUGAAAUUAAAAGUGCAAUUUUAAUAACGUCCUAAUCAGAAAAGAUAUAUUAUAUAAAAGUGAUUCAAAAAUGAAGAUUAUAUCAUUUGAAGUGAUUGUGUUAUCGAUGACAAUUAUCUGUAUUGUCACGCCCACUUUGGGGCAGUUCGUUGGACGAUUUGAAGAUUCCCAAAGUCGACAGCAGUGCUUCACGCCCGAACAAAUUCGAGGGACUUGUAUGGCACUCAGCGAUUGCCCCCAGGUGACAGAAGUCUACAAUUCUACAGACGAUAGCGUAGGCACAGAACAUGUGCUCUUCUUGCACCGCAAUUGUGGAUCGCGGAGUGUCAACGGGGAUCCAAUUGUCUGUUGUACGAGAUCCACGACGAAGUCCCAGAUAGAUCCAACCCCAAAUCCAGAUAUAACAAACUUAAUACUAUCACAGAUUUCAACAACACCAAGGACACACACAAGAGGUCAGCAGUGUCUCACGCCCGAACACCAUCUUGGGACUUGUGUGGCGCUCAGCCAUUGCCACCAGUUGACAGUAGUCUACAAUUUUAGAUACGAUCGCGUAGGCACACAGUAUGUGCUCGCCUUGCACCACAGUUGUGGAACGCGAAGUGUCAACGGAGUACCAAUUGUAUGUUGUACAAGACCAAGCACAACAACAACGACAACAAUACUUCCAAUACCAGAAGCGACCUCAACAACAACAACAACCACAACACCACAACCAACCUCAACAACCACAACAACCAGAAAACCAGAACAAACCUCAUCCACAUCAAUCUCACCGCCUAUAGAUCUUCGGUUAAACAGUUGUCUAUUGUCACCCGGAGUAUAUGGAGAAUGCAUCGACAUCAAGAGAUGUCCCUCCAUAUUUAAUCAGCUAAAGGCUAAGGGAAACGAUCCUGAACUAGUCAAAUUUAUAAAAGCUUCGAAUUUACUUUGUGACAACGUCGGCCAAAAUGUCUGUUGUCCCACAGAGCCAGCUCCACGUCGCUUGCCCACUGAAAAAGAGGGUUGUGGUGAACCAAACUUGGUCAGUUUUAGGAAAAUCGUAGGCGGCGAUGAGGCAGUGAAAGGUGCUUAUCCAUGGAUCGCACUGCUAGGAUAUGGUGAUAGUUCUCUUUCGAUCUUCAAAUGUGGAGGAACUUUGAUUACGGCCAGACAUGUGGUGACAGCAGCUCAUUGCAUAAAGGAUAAUCUGUCGUUUGUGCGCCUCAGAGAGCACGAUCUUUCUACCGACACUGACACUACGCACAUGGACAUCAACAUAGUCAAGAAUGUCUCCCAUUCCAAUUACAAUAAGACAGACGGUCGCUGCGAUAUAGCGAUGCUUUACUUGGAACGGAACGUGGAGUUUACAGAUAUAAUGAAGCCCAUUUGUUUGCCCAACUCUCUCAGCUUGCGUGCCAAGACUUAUGUGGAUACAAACCCCAUUGUCAUUGGCUGGGGUAAUACUCAAGAGUCUGGAAGAAGUGCAAAGAUAUUGCGUCAGCUAACGAUACCCGUCCUGGAAAAUUCAGUGUGCCAAAACAGUUAUAAAGCAAUGAAUCUAAGCUUUAGCUUGAAUCAAUUCGAUAAAGCCAUUCUAUGUGCUGGAAUUUUAGCAGGCGGCCAAGACGCUUGCCAAGGGGACUCAGGUGGUCCGCUAAUGACCUCCGAGCAAUUAGAUAAUGGUGAAAUCAGAUUCUAUCUGAUUGGAAUUGUUGCCUAUGGUUAUGGUUGUGCCAGGCCAAAUAUACCUGGAGUCUAUACGAGCACACAGUACUUCAUGGACUGGAUAAACGAUAAGGUGCGGGAGAUGUCAUGAACUGAAACUGAAAGUUCGUUUGUCUAAUCUAUAUGCAGUAGCUUACAUUCGAAUUGAUGUAAAUAAUAAUUAUACUGAAGCG